AUGCCCGUCUUCGAAGAGACCGCUGAUGCGCGUCGGGAUUUGAGGAUUCUACCAUCGCGAGCUUUACCACUGCCACGCUUAUUGCCCAAGGCAUCCUCGUCUGAUGAUGAGCGUGAAGUAGUGGUUAUCGGCGCCGGACCAAGUGGCCUCUUUCUCACUCUCUUACUUGCUAGAUAUGGAAUCACAGGAUCUUCGUUACUCUGCUUGGAUUCCAAACCUGGCACCUUGAAAGCAGGACAAGCAGAUGGUCUCCAGCCUCGCACACUUGAAGUCUUUCAAAGUCUCGGAAUAGCCUCGGAGAUCAUCGCCGAAGGAUGUCACAUGGAAGAAGUGGCUUUCUGGAACCUUUCAGCGGACGACAAAAGUCGUAUCGAGCGGACAUCUUUUGUGCCCGAUGUCAAUGUUCCCGCACGCUUUCCGUUUGAGGUCACCAUCCAUCAAGGACGUAUCGAAAGAAUUCUCCAGGAGAAUUUGAGUGUUUAUGCGCCCGAGGACACGAUUCGAAGAUCUCAUCACUUUGUGAACUAUACAGUCGAUACCGUAAACCAUCCAGAAUAUCCUGUUCAGGUCAACUAUGAGCAUGAACUCGAGGACGGAAGCCGUGUGCCAGGUUCUGUGCGUACAAAGUACUUGGUAGGCGGCGAUGGUGCACAUUCAAGGGUCAGAAAGUCUAUGGGACUGUCACUGGAAGGAGAAACAUCUGAUCACAUCUGGGGUGUUUGCGAUUUUGUCGCCGACACAGACUUCCCGGACAUUCGCAAUCGUUCUGCGGUACAUUCUGAAGCAGGCUCGAUCAUGGUCAUUCCCAGAGAGCAGAUUGCUACGGGUGAAUACCUUACUCGUCUCUAUGUCCAGGUGCCCGGCGACGUCGAUGCAAAGACAGACCGUACGACAACACCUGAGGACGAAAAGAAGAACUCAAGCAAGAAGAAGCGUGCUGAGGUCACGCUGGAAUACAUAUUCCAGCAAGCAAACGCCGUUUUUGCACCGUAUAAGAUCAAUAUCAAAGAGGGCACUGUUCCAGAUUGGUACGCUGCAUACCAGAUUGGUCAGAGGAUGGCCCCAAAGUUCUCUUCGAGGACGCCAGAUGGCGUAGACAGAAUCUUCAUUGUUGGCGAUGCAUGUCACACACACAGCCCAAAAGCAGGUCAAGGCAUGAACGUCAGCAUGAUGGACAGUUAUAACCUAUCCUGGAAACUAGCACAUUCAAUCCUUGGCUUGACACCCAGAUCCGCCGACUAUAGUACAGAUCCGGUUUUGGAGACCUUUGAAGAGGAGCGUGUUGACACUGCCCGCCAACUCAUCGAGUUUGACACCAAGUUCUCGCACAUGUUUUCUGGCAAAAUCGGUUCAGGCGACUCUGACACAGCGGGACUUACCCAUGACGAGUUCUUGAAAGUGUUCCGUGACGGAAGCGGAUUUACUAGUGGUUGUGGUCUCGAAUACAAGUCUAGCAAGCUUGUUCGGGCAGCUCAAAAUUCUGAGAAGCUGAUUGUCUCAACCGGAGAUCCACUCUAUGGUGCCCUCACGCCGGGUAGAAGAGUACUGAAUGUUGAGCUGAAGCGCUAUGCUGAUAAUACUACUCGUCAGCUACAUGAUGAACUACCAUCAAGUGGACGAUACCGCAUCCUUGUGCUCACCAGCACGGACCUGCUGGAUUCCAGCGGCCAGUCUCAAAAAGCACUACAAGCAUGUGCCAGUAUCGUGAACAGCCAUCCUGCUGGUUCAACGGACCUUGUGGUCUUGCAUCCCAUCAAAGAAAGAUUUGAAUGGACGCAGAUUCCAUCAGAGGUCAAGAAACUCGCAGAAAUGAGAACCUACGGACUGGCGAAGAAAGAAGACGCUUAUGAUAUUUAUGGCAUCGUAAAGGAAGAAGGAGCUAUCGCUAUUGUCCGACCCGAUGGAUAUGUUGGAAUUCUCUGCCGCUUAUCUGCGCCCGAGGUCGCUAAGAGUUAUCUUAGAGAUUGUCUGGUCAAGAUUUGA